UCUUUCAUAUAGCCUAACGUUAAUUGUAUGUGUAUUUGCAGUGGAUUAAUGUAAUUUUAUAGCCUAAAGGUGUAAACUGGAUGAGGAUUGCAUGACAUCACAAGCCCAUUCAAAGACCACCUGAUGUAUUAUAAAGGAGGGGAACCCACGAGAAACGUUGCAUCCCCGACGAUUUCUCUUGUGUGAAGAUGGCGGUCCCAGCUCAAUCCAACAGGACCGGAUCUGUUAGCAGUCUGGGAAACAGUCCAACGGCAACACCGGGCGGCUUAAACAACAACCACAAGCUGUGGUGCUCACAUGAGCUUGAUUUCAGGUCCGGAGUAAAGAUUGAUGAGCUCAACCGUCUUAUUCAUGAAUUCAGUAAACAAGACCAACGCGAGUAUGAUGACCAGAGGGCAUUGGAAAUACACACAGCCAAGGAUUUCAUCUUCUCCAUGCUCGGCAUGGUGCAAAAGCUCGACCAAAAGUUGCCGGUCGCGAAUGAGUACCUGUUGUUGUCCGGUGGUGUGCGAGAAGGUGUAGUGGACAUGGAUCUUGAUGAGCUCGGUAUCUACAACCGUGGCUCCGAAUAUGACAUGGCCUUCACCCUGUUGGUUCCCGCAUUAAAGCUACACGACCGGAACCAACCCGUUACACUGGAUAUGCGUCAUUCAGCGCUGGGUCACUCGUGGCUCAGCUUAAGACUUUUUGACGAGGGUACCAUCAACCGCUGGAGGGACUGCUGCACGCUGACCGACCAUCUGAAUGGCACCACCAACUACUUCUUCUCGCCUACGCUGGUAGCUGACUGGUUCCAAGAAGCAGUUGGAUUAGUGCUGGCAGAGUUACAGCGCAAGCCGCAAAGGGGCACCCCGAGGGUGGAACGAGUUGAACGACACUGCACGCUGCUGUCCAUGGUGUUAGGUGUGGGCAGCAGCCGCAUGCUUUAUGACAUUAUUCCUGUGGUGUCUUUCAAAGGCUGGCCGGCAGUUGCUCAGAGCUGGUUGAUGGAGAACCACUUCUGGGACGGAAAGAUCACAGAGGAAGAGGUUAUCAGUGGCUUCUAUCUACUGCCUGCCUCCUCAGCCUCUGGUUGCCGGGACAACGAGUGGCGUCUCUCCUUUGCCCGCAGCGAGGUGCAAUUAAAAAAAUGCAUCUCCCCGGGACUCAUGCAAGCUUACCAGGCAUGCAAAGCGAUUAUUAUGAAGCUGCUUGCCCAACCUACAGCUGUCAGUCCAUAUUACUUACGCAGCAUGAUGUUGUGGGCCUGCGACCGGCUACCUACAAGUUAUCUGGCACAAGAAGACUAUGCUGCACACUUUAUGCUCGGUCUCAUUGAUGAUCUGCAGCACUGCCUGGUUAAUAAAACCUGCCCUAACUAUUUCAUUCCCCAGUGUAACAUGUUAGAGCACCUAUGUGAUGAGACUGCCAUGUUUUAUGCUCGUAAGCUGGCGCUGGUACGAUCUGAUCCGGCAGAGCACCUGCGUUCCAUCAUCGAGCAGGCUAAAUCAGCCAAUAGACUUACACAGGACAUGCAGCGCCGUGGAAGCUCCUCUGGUCUGCCUUCUCCACUGGCUGAUCCCUCCUCUGCAGAUCACCAACAGCACGAUGACCGGCUGGCCAAGAAGUUACAGCAGUUGGUGACCGAGAAUCCAGGCAAAUCGAUCUCCGUGUUCAUCAACCCUGAUGAUGUCACACGACCUCACUUCCGUAUCGAUGACAAGUUCUUCUGAGAAACGAGGUCUGUUUUCCCUUCUUCUUUGCUCUCCUUGUAUUGAUCAUGAUUGAACCUGGGGAUGUGCAUGACACUGUCCUGAAACCGGAGCCGUGUCCCUGUGACUGCACACAUCAGAAGUGACUGGAUAAGAACCUCCGCGAGACUGUUAUAAAGAAUCAAAGAUGUAUAAAUCUGGCCUUACUGAAUGGAGAAUGUCAACCUGCUGUUUGGACUGUAGAAUCUGCAGCUGCAGGUGUUUUAAAGAAAGUUUCAUAUCACGGAGACUCAGAGCUGUGUAGGUCUAGGGAAAUUACACAUGAAACAUAUGAAAGUGUGCUCUAGAUGGUAUUGUAUUCUGAAGAAACAAAUGUAACAAAUAUUAGAAUCAGACAUUCCUUUUCUUGUGUUAAUCUGUGCUGAAUCUACACUUGUAUGUUACCUCUUUGUGUUUGUGUCUGCCCUGUUAUGUACUUUGAGGAAACAAGGGCAGAUCAUGUCAGAGGAAGCCAAACAUUUUUCUCUCUAUAAGGGAUUAAAAUCAUGUUCCAUAAGUGCAAUUAUUAGAAUGUUAAGUAUCCCUAUUCUGAGUGAGAGAUUGUAUUUGAUAAAAACGUUCAACUAUAAGAAUACAGAAAAAGGCUUUUUUGUAAGGUGUGAAAAUGUCUUGAUGUGAGGGUAAAUUUUAGCCAUACACAUUUGCUGCUACAAGAAAGCAUAUUAUUUAGUUAUUUUACAUUUGAUAUUUUUAAAGGGAGAUUUAUUCACAGUGACGAGCAGCAGUUUAAGUAUCAAAUCCAAGCCCACUACUAAUGUUGAGGGUGGCACUAACAAAAAAUACAUAAUAGGACAUUAGUCAUGUAAGUUGUGCUGUAUCUCAAAUACAUUUGAGCUUGACUGUGUUGUUCUACCAGUGAAUAAAGAAUUA